AUGACUACAGACGUUGAGUGUCAGCGCUGGACCAACAACCAAUCCGAUGAGUGCCACUGUACUGACAACCAAUCGGAAGAGUGUGACUGGACGGACAACCAAUCGGAUGAAGUGGAGAGUUGCACUGAGGAGUUGGAGGAGUUCUUAUGCGAAAUCCAUGAGGGCUAUGCUACUGACCUCUACAGAUGUCCUCAGCUGGACAUGGACAUAGAUUCGGUGAAGGCCAUCUACGCUGACACGGCUGUCUCCGUCAGAGAGCAUGGGUCCAUUGACGAUGUGGACGUUGACAUGCUAAUCAAUGUCAGCUUCCUGGAUGAUGAAGUAGCCAGGGCCUGGAAGAUCAUCCCAACAGAGCCUAUUAUCGUCCGGCUGCGCUUCUCACUGUCCCAAUACCUGAAUGGGCCAGCACCCUCUGUGGAGGUGUUCCAACCUUCUAACAGAGAAGGAUUUAGCCUGGGACUACAGCUGCAGAAGGUCAUCUCUAGCUUUGUGUCCCAGCAGUGGAAGUACCUGAGUAAUGAAGCCCUCACAGCCCAACAGAAGACCAGACACACUUGGUUCAAACCUGGAGGAACCAUCAAGAGGUUCAGGGCUGGACUCGGCAUCAUCUCACCCAUGUCCAAGUCCAGUGGCCAGGAGCAUGUUCUGAAGGUGAAGAUGAUUGGACCAGAGCUGAAAGUGAAUCGCCUUAUGAAUAGGACAAUGGCUUACACCAUCAAGAACACCAGAGGAGAACUCCUCACUUACACAACUAAUGGCAAGAGGGUGGCGGUGUCUACUGUCAAGUCUCCGGCUCACAUCACAACUAAACAGCUGAUUGAGCUGCUGUUCUCAUCCCAAGCCUUUAUUCACUGCAAGUCAGCCCCCACCCUGCAACAUGGGUUCUUAGUACAGGUAAUGAAAUACGCAGAACAGAGGAUCCCCACUCUGAAUGAAUACUGUGUGGUCUGUGACGAACGACACGUCUUUCAAUACGCCUCUAUGUUGAAGCCUGCAGUGUGUAGCAGGGAACUGUGUGUGUUUUCUUUCUACACCUUGGGAGUGAUGGCAGGAGCUGCAGAGGAGGUGUCGAAUGGAGCAGAGGUAGUGGACUUGUUGGUAGCCAUGUGCCGGGCAGCUCUGGAGUCCUCCCGAAAGAGCAUCAUCUUCGAGCCAUACCCCUCUGUGGUCGACCCAUACAACCCCAAGUCUCUGGCCUUCAGUCCCAAGAAGAAGAGUUACGAUCGACUGCAGAAAGCUCUGGACAGCAUCAUGACCAUCAGGGAGAUGACCCAGGGUCCAUAUUCAUCAAUCAAGAAACAGAUGGACACCAUAGAUCCUCUUGCUCACCCUCUGCUGCAAUGGAUCACAUCAAGCAACAGAUCACAUAUUGUCAAGCUACCGCUGAACAGGCAACUGAAGUUCAUGCACACUCCACAUCAGUUCCUGUUGACCAGCAGCCCUCCUGCUAAAGAAGCACGCUUCCGGGAUGCUAGGAAACUACAUGGCAGCACCUUCGCAUUCCAUGGUUCCCACAUAGAGAACUGGCACUCUAUUCUGAGAAAUGGACUUGUCAACGCCUCAUGCACAAAACUGCAGCUGCAUGGUGCUGCGUAUGGGAAGGGUGUCUACCUGAGUCCUGUCUCUGGCGUCUCAUAUGGAUACUCAGGAAUGGGUAAAGGACAGCACCACGUGACCACCAAACAGGAGCUGGUGGAACGUUACAACCGCAUCAACACCAUACAACAGGAAAGACAGGGCCAGUCCAGAUUUCUUCAGAGCAGGAAUUUAAACUGCAUCGCACUUUGUGAAGUGAUAACGUCAAAGGACCUUCAGAAACAUGGGGACACAUGGGUGUGUCCAAUAUCCGACCACGUCUGUACACGAUUCUUCUUCGUGUAUGAGAACGGCCAAGUGGGAGAUGCCGACAUCAACACCCAGGACAUAAGGAUUGAGCAAGAGAUAAUACGGGUGAUUGGGACUAAGCCUAUCUGAGGAGGACAUGUGAGACAGAGCUUUAAGUACAGUAUGGCUGGAGACAGCUAUAUGUACAGUAUAGCUCUGGCUGGGGAAACACAGCUAUAUGUACAGUAUGGGUCUGGCUGGGGAAACACAGCUAUAUGUACAGUAUGGGUCUGGCUGGGGAAACACAGCUAUAUGUACAGUAUGGGUCUGGCUGGGGAAACACAGCUCUAUGUACAGUAUGGGUCUGGCUGGGGAAACACAGCUAUAUGUACAGUAUGGGUCUGGCUGGGGAAACACAGCUAUAUGUACAGUAUGGGUCUGGCUGGGGAAACACAGCUAUAUGUACAGUAUGGGUCUGGCUGGGGAAACACAGCUAUAUGUACAGUAUGGGUCUGGCUGGGGAAACACAGCUAUA